GCCGGUUGGCUCACGAUCCUCAGCAGCGUGAGUGUUCUUGGUGUUUACGAAGUCCGUGUUUCUCUGCCGUCACGGCGGAUAGUGCGAAAUAUGAGCUCGAAAAGAGCUCAGAAUGAGUCCAGAGCCACCGAGAAAAAGAGGAAGAAGAAGAGCUGUGAGGAAGCGGCGCUGAGUUCAUCUGUGGAGGAGAAAGAGCUGCAGGGAGCCGUGAAGGAGGCGUGGAGGAGCAGGAGUCACUACAGCCACGGAGAUCUGGAGCUGGACUGCCAUCCGUUUCCUCACUGCAUCAUCAAGAACUUCCUCAGCAGCGAAACCUUCGCAGAAAACCUACAGAGAGAGCUGCUGGGACUCAACUUCCACGAAAAGUCAAAUGAUCUCUACAAAUUCAAACAGUCAGAUGACCUGAGGAAGAGAACAGAGCCACAUAUUGCAGGACUGAGAACAGCACUGUUUGGACGUUUCCGUUCCUGGCUGGGGGAAGUGUUGGGGGUUGAGCUGGAGCCCACAGUGGAUAUUUCAUGUGCCAGAUAUGAAUACACAGAUGUUCUGUUGUGUCAUGAUGAUGAACUGGAAGGGAGACGUGUUGCUUUCAUUUUGUAUCUCGUGCCUCCGUGGCAGAGCAGCGACGGUGGAACCCUCGAUCUUUACACAACAGACAGUAAUUUCCAACCGCAGAGCAUAGUGAAGUCACUCGUGCCUUCUUGGAACACACUCGUCCUUUUUGAAGUUUCCCCAGUUUCCUUUCACAAAGUGUCAGAAGUUUUGUCACAGGACAAGUGUCGUCUGUCUCUGAGCGGCUGGUUUCAUGGACCUUCUCUGGAGCGUCCUUCUCGCCACAUAGAGCCGCCCGUCCCAAGGAGUCCACAUUUACCGAGAGAUGAGACGGUGCUGCUGGAGUGGGUCAAUCCAGUGUAUCUGGAUAUUUCCUACCAAGAGCAGAUUCAGGAGGAGUUUGAAGAGAGCUCUGAAAUUCAGCUUAAAGACUUUCUUAAGGAGGAGAAGUUCAGGGAGGUGAGUGAAGCGCUGCGACUCUCUCAGAUUCAGUGGACGAAGAGAGGUCCAGCCAAUAAGAGAAACUAUGAAGUGGCUUCUCUGGACACCGUGCCUCAGUGCGUCACUGCAUGUUGGGAGCUGCUUCGGUCAGAGUCGUUCUUCCUUCUUCUCUCCAACUUUACCGGCCUUCGACUGCACUACCUGUGUCCUGCUGAUGAGGAUGAUGAUGAAGACAAAGAGAAGCAAGAGCAAAAGGAGGAUGAAGAAGCCACUGCGUCUUCAACCGAAUCCUCUGCUGCGAAUGCAACCAAACAGAAAGAGCUGAGCACACCUGUAUGUUGUGGUGAAGUGCGACGAUGGUCUCACGGCGGCUACACUCUGCUGCAUGACGGAGAAGCAGCACGAGCCGAGUACGCGCUGGACCUCAUUUUGCCUUUCGGCUGCGCAGACUGGCAGUCAGAGUUUGGGGGCUACACAUGUUAUGUUGCAAACGAAGAGGAUGAGGAGCUCCUGACAGUCUAUCCCGAGGAUAAUUCUCUCGCCCUCGUCUACAGAGACAAAGAAACCCUCAAAUUUGUCAAACACGUCAACCACAAAAGCUCCUCAGAGUCUGCUGGCAGAGGCUUUUAUGACUUUUCUUAUGUCUACUAUGAAUAAAUAGUUAUAUAUAUA